CCCACAGGGCCCCAUCCGCGCAAAAACAAAACAGUGAAUAACAGUAAAACCCUCAUAUUACAGCCAACUACGGCUUACAGUCGGUUUUCUUUCGUUUGAGUGAAAGAGUGUUACCGUUUACCGGAGGUUCUGCUCGCUCGUUAUGGUCUUCCGGGCGAUGUUGUUUAUCUGUAGUAAGGGGGGGCUUGAAACCGCUCUCCCUUGCCCCAUUUCCUCGGUUGUUUUCCUCCUCUCGCCUGGAUUCUCCAUGUUGUUGAUGCUGAAGUGAGGACUUCGCCGCGACGGCUGAGGUGGGCUGUUCGGCAAUUUCAGUUUUAAAAGUAGUUGUACGGCCGAGUCGACGGAGCGCUCAUCGUGUAAAUCAACCUUUAGAGAACAUUUCUAAGUGCCUUGCCCAUCUCCGCGGGCAGCAACCCUCCGGAAGACAGAAGAACAAGAAGCGGUGGGAGAAUAAAGAAACCUACGGGACAAGAUACGUCCCGUUCUCACCGAGGACCGAGGCGGAUGACAAGUAACCGCGGUGAAUAAAAGUCGCCUUGUCAACAGAACCCAAUGAGGGAUGCCCAUCAGUGCUCGGGGACAGGAUUUGAGGAUUUUGAGGGCUCUGUGAUUGUCAGAUGGAAAGUUCUGUUAUCACCCAAGUACAGAAAGAAGACGUUCAAGUGUCACCGAAAACAGGCCAGGUGAGCCAAUCGGCCCUGAAACAGCCGCGGAGUUGUAACAUCUUCAAAGCCCUCUUCUGUUGCCUCAAAGUUCAGGAUGGCCCCAAACCCUCACCGCCUCUCCCACCGCCUUCCCAGCAGCCCUUGCUGGAGUCACAAGAAAAUGGGAUGGUUGUCAAGGCUGAAGUCAGCCUCUUGCCUGAGGUGAAGGCCCAGGAUGAAGGGAAGAUCUGCGUGGUCAUAGACCUGGAUGAAACCCUGGUGCACAGCUCAUUCAAGCCCAUCAGCAACGCUGACUUCAUAGUGCCAGUCGAGAUAGAGGGGACCACACACCAGGUGUACGUACUGAAGAGGCCGUAUGUGGACGAGUUCCUGCAGAGAAUGGGAGAAAUGUUUGAGUGUGUGCUGUUUACAGCCAGUCUCUCUAAGUAUGCAGACCCAGUCACAGACCUGCUGGAUCAGUGUGGCAUAUUCCGGGCUCGGCUUUUCCGGGAAUCCUGCGUUUUCCACCAGGGCUGCUACGUGAAAGACCUGAGCCGCCUCGGGAGAGAGCUCCACAAAACCCUCAUCCUGGAUAACUCUCCUGCCUCCUACAUAUUCCACCCCAACAAUGCUGUUCCUGUGGUGUCUUGGUUCGACGACGUGGAUGAUGCAGAACUGCUCCACCUUCUGCCUGUAUUCGAGGAGCUCAGUAAAGCAGAGAACGUUUACACCCACCUCGACCAGCUCCGUGGACAGUAGCUGCUGAGGGAGCCGUGCAUGCAUGCUGAUGAUAGUCACAGUUUCUAGACCAUGGUGUUCAACCUUCUGCUUUAGGAACUCCGUCUGAACAGUUGGGGGAAGUUCCAAACAUGGAGGAACCCUGUGGUGUGGCUGAAACUCUAGAUUUCAAAUUUAGGCAUUUCUGAUGGACCUCUUAGCUGUUCACAGUGACAACCGCAGCCUUUAAAGCACUACAAGAGAAAGAGUGGGAACAACCAAAGCAGUCCCGUCACAAUCGCGUUAGUGUAACACGGACGGUGGAUCUUUGCCAAAACAGACGCCAGCCUGCCCUCACUUGACUUUCAGAUAUUGUUAGAUUUGUUAUUGUGCCUUUUGAGGAACAAAAGUUUUUUUUUUGUCUAUUUUUUAAUUUCCAUCAAAUUUUAUACAUUUACUUAGUUCUUUUAUAAGAAAAUCUAUUUUUAAACAUGGUUCCUCUAUGCAACCCACGUGUUUUCUAACAUAGUAUCUCUAAAGGUGGGCACCAGAGGAUUUCACACAGCAGAAAAUAACGUUACCGUAGCCUUUUUAUGCACAUCAAAAUUUAAACUUUUUUUUUUUUUUGCGUAUUUGUUCUGUAAACGUGUGAAAAACAUGCAAUAUAAAUCUGUGAUGUUCAGGUGGAUCUUGAUUACAAACGGGGAGAGAUAAUUGGCACAACUGGUCCUUUGUAAAAAAAAACACUGGAAAUGACGGCACAUAGGACGACCUUUCAGUUUUCAGAAGUUUAAAAAUCGAUCUCUUACUGUGUUUUUCUUUCUAUAUGACAAACAACUUGCACUUGUUUGGUGUUGACAGUGCUGAAAGUGAAAAGUGUGCCUUUUGAAAUGCGGACGGAGGGUGGAAUUUUGCCACGAGCAGAUAUUUGGAGGCCUGUGUCAUGCUGAGCGUGAAAAAAAAAACUGUCGUCAGCAGGAGGCUGUGGUACUGACAGUUCUACACUUGAAAACAUCAAAUUUGAUAUUGUUAACAUGUGUAAGUGUUCUAUUUUUUAUUUAUUGGCUACAAACCUGUAAUUCAGUACUUCCUACAGCUCCUAUGGUGAUCCACUCUGCCUACAUGGAGGCUGGCCUUGUGUUUACUGGUUUAUUUGUGCCAAUGCACCACCUGCUGUCAUUUGUAACACACUUGCAUUGAAUUUAAACCACAGGCAUGUAAACCUGGGAUCUAGUCAUGCAAGAAAACAUGUUUUGUUUUUGUUCACUUCCAUACUUUUGACUGUGGGAUUUGUUUUCUGGGUAGUAUGUUUUGAUGAGGUUUGUGUUCGAUACAAAUGUUGCCCGCAUGUUGAGUAAAAUAUGACAAUGAAAACGUGAUGACCAAAAGUAUUUGUUAGUCACAACGUUUUUUGUGUAAGAAAAAUGAAAAUGAAAAAAACUCAUUUUGUAUAUCCUGUACGACCAAAACUCGAGAGGGUGCUACCAGUUUUCAUGACGAAAUAAAAUUUGGUUAUAUUUUA